AUGUUCUUUUUCGCUCUCGGUGUUUUCACCGCAUCUUGGGCCAGAAAAAAAGAUGAGGACGACAUCCCAAACAACCAAAAUCUGUGGAUUUUUGGCUAUGGGUCAUUAAUAUGGAAGGCGAACUUUCCUUUUGUGCGGAAAGUGGUUGGAUUUAUAGAAGGAUACGAACGUCGGUUUUACCAAGGGAGUAGCGACCAUCGAGGGAUUCCCGAAAAGGUGAGCUUUAGCUUAUCAAAGACAAAUUAAGCUUAUCUGGAACUGUGUCCAGAAAUUAUUGCAAGGAGAACUCCAACUUAUACGUACGUUUCUCGAACUAGAACCUCACGAAACUUUAAGAAAGGGCCUACGGCGGGAAAUAACAUAAAAAGAGCCAAGAAAAUAAAAAGAAGGGGGAUCGCAUUUCUACAGUUUCUUAAUAUUUUCAAAGCCGGUAAAAAGAGUCCCGAACAAAUGCAUGACAAUAUAUCUUACCUUCUCGAUCAAGCAUUUUCAAUAAUUGAUUCACGAUUCGGUUUCACGAAAGUAUAACUCCAAGACAUCUGUAAACUGUGAGAAAAGUUCUCAUUAAACAUGAUUAAAGCGCCAAGGAUGAACUCAAGCUUACUGUUUUGUGCAUUGGAGUAGGGUACUCCUGCGAAUUCUUGGUGGGGGUAUGCCGGCCGGUUAUCCAAAUUCUGUCCCUAUUUGAGACCAAAAAUGUCAUUUUUCUACAACCAUUUUCAGACCUGACCUCUAAGAAAUUAUUUUAUUAUUACUUUCUUUCCUAUUCAUUUGGAACUGAAACAACAAAUACAUUCAUACAUUACCAGGGCUGUCAAAAAGUUUCUAAGUAGGAGGCUGAUAAUGAAUAGUAGGCGGCUUUGGAACUCGCACCAAAGGAACAAGUUCGUGAGGGCCAAGGCAGCUAGGGACACUUUGACAUAUAGAGUCACAGAAAUAGCAUUUCCAGGGGUUUUCAAGAGGCAUUUUCCACCGCAGACACCAUGUUGUUUCGUCAGAAUACACACAGGACUAGGAACAAUGCCAUCCGGCGGAAAUGUCUCAGGCGUUCUAAGACAUCGCACAGUUUACAUGUUUCACAGAUCUAAACUUUGAAUGUGCAUUCAGUGGCAUUCAGCAUUCAAAAGUGGGAAACGGUAUUUUAUUUGAUGGUGGAGAUGAAAGUAAUCUGCUAAGGAUGGCUAACUAGCCGGCAGUUUUGGCUGGUUACCAGCCCUUAUUGACAACCCUGCACUACCCUAGUUCCCUCCAAAACAAUUCGCGAUUCUAGACCAAAAUCGGCAAACUCUAUACCCAUUUUCAGACCAUAACGGCGCAAAAAGCAUAGUCCCUUUGGGGCGGCACCUAUAUGGCUUAUAUUGUUAUCCCUCAAGCCCGAAUGGGCUAUUGACUCAGGGGCCAUGAGGGCGAGAGAAAUAAUUGUUUUAGUAAAAUCCAACUAGCUGGUCAAAAAUAUCGAGACAAAACAACUUUAGCUGGUUAAAGCUAGACUUUAAUCCUUUUUUUACCCCCAAAAAGCCAGCACUUUCACUACUAGUGGGCUAUAACAUAUAGCCUAGUAGUAGGUCAACCAAUCAGAACGUAGCAUUGAUAAUAGACCACUAGCUGGAUUUUACUAAAAGGGAGUAUCCACCAUCUGGGAUUCCAUCCCAUAAUGGUCAUCCCUCACCAUUUAAGAUUGGCAACAUUUAUGGCAAAAUUUUGAACUUCCCUUUUCUUGGCUUGAAUUGUGAAUAAACAAUUAAUAAAAUUCCUGAAAAUAAUUGUUUUGUCAACAUGGUUAUAAUUAUGGGGUUCCCUGCUAGCAGAGGUUUCUCACGAAGACGCAAAAAACUGCUAGCCGGGAAGAUUUUGGGCCAAUAAUAAUUUUAAAAAAUAAUGCAUGCAGUGACCUUUGUUUUGCCUUCUUUUUUGAAAGCCAUUCAUUUUGUAUCUGUGGAAAAAAGUCUGCAGAAAUCUGGUGAAAUGAAUGAAAUCUCACAAUGAUCCUUAUAUUUAACUCAACUGACAGACCCAAUAUUUUUCUCACUUCUCAUUCCUGUACCAGUUCCUUUUUUUCAUUUAACGUUUAUCCAUUUGCAAUUUUCUUUUUCAGCCUGGAAGGGUAGUUACCCUCCUUGAAAAUCCCAAGGUGAGAUUCUCUGUUCAAAUAAGUAAAAUGCAUCAGCUGAAAUUAAGUGGAAGUCAUUUGAGUGGAAAAACAAACAAACAAACAAAAUAUAAGGACAUAGAAAAAAUCAAGGGAGGGGACUAAACUAAGUUUUCAAGAUUUAGUGUUGUUUUGUCAGGACUAUGAUGUAGUCACAAAGUUUCAGGUGGUAUUAGUUUUUAGGAUUUAGAUAAUGAAAUUCGAAUUUUUUGUGAAUUUUUUCUUUGGUAACCUCUAGAAGUGAAAGGAUCAAGUUCUUUCUUAUUUUCUCACAAAAAUCCAAGGCAUACAUCUGUUUCCAAAAAAAAAACAUCUCUGUGGUAAUUGCGCUUUCAUUUCACCUAUACAGACACUUGGCUUUCCUCUGGUAAAUUAGUAGAUUUUCCUUUGGCAAGCGUUUUUUAGGCCAUAAAGUUUUCACCUAGUCCUUUUUAUUGUCAAGUUCAAAAUCCAACAUUAAGGCCGUGUUCACACUAUAUACGAGAUAGCUUUUUGUGCUGACAUAAAAAAACUGUGCGGUAUAGUAUAAACUCCUAUCCAAUAUUUGAAUCUCUGCUUAAGAGAUUGGUGUGAUGCAGCUUUGCUCCAUUUAAUACAGAAAUAGCGCCAAAAUCACCUUUCUUAUGUCAGAACUGAUGUGGUAUAGUUUUCUUGCCAGUGCAAAAGCUAUCUAUCCUGUAUGGUGUGAUCAUAAGCUAAAUCUUUCUGCAUACAUUUUUGUGGUUUCAGGAGAAAGUUUGGGGAAUUGCUUAUGAAAUCACGUCAAAAGACAUUCCUGAGGUACUUGAGUACCUUGACUUUCGCGAAAAGAAUGGCUACAAAGCCUCAUGGGUCAGAUUCCAUCCAAAGAAUGCUGAGCAUCAAGCUUUUCAAGCAAAGCUGUACAUUGCCACUCCUCAAAAUGAAUUUUACCUUGGCCCUGCACCACUGCCUGAGAUUGCAGAACAAAUUUUGACUUCAAAAGGACCUAGCGGAACAAAUUAUGAGUACCUGAUGAAUCUUGCUCAAGCAGUGCACAAUCUUAGUGCAGAGAUUGAGGAUGAUCAUCUCUUUCAGUUGGAAACCCUUGUCAAGAGUGGUUUAUCAAAAACUGCCUAG